AUGAAGAUAUUUAUAGUUCUCAUGAUUUUGGAAGUAAUUUUUGCUGGUGUUAUACAUAAAAAUCGUGCAGAAAAUAUGAAAAAAGAAAUAUCAGUUCCAACAGAAGUUAAAGUGAGAAAUGAAGCAAAUAAAAAAGAAGAUUUAUUCAAAACAAAAAAAGUAAUAGAGCAUUCAGAAAAAAAAAGUUUUAACCAAAGUGCAUUAGAUGAUAAAGAAGACAUAAAGACGAAAAAAACCAAAGAAGACUUUGAUGAUACGAUAAUAGUAUCCUACUCAGCUUUUGUGGGCGAUAAAUGUGCCAUUGGCUUAGCUAAAAUAAAUGGAAUUUGUGCGGAUAUUGAUUAU